CGCGUGUCACUCUCAUAGCUCAUUCCCGGCGGCAUGAGAGACUUGAGAAAGGCCGCCCGCUACUACUAUAGUCCUGUGCUAUGGCCGCUGAGAACCUCGGAAUCGUGCUGGGCGUCACCACUCACGACACUAUUCCCACCCCGCAAGGAGGGCAUCAAGCGAGCAAUAAACCUUCUUCGCUUCGCCUGUUACUCGCCUCCAGUAAGCCCUCCUGCACGUCCCAGUAGCGCUCCCGCAUCUCCGCUGCCGGAAACCGUCUCUCUGGACCCAUUCCACACCCACACCUAAGCCGUUUUUUUCAGCCCAGCCAGCCAACCAUGGCUCCAACAGCCAUCCCGCCCAAAUUCGUUUCCGCCCAAGCAGAUAUCAACGCGUACAGAUGGAAGGGGCAAUGGCCACUCGCAGAACAACGCACGAAACGGAAAUGCGCGAAAUAUCAUCAGGCUGGGAGCAGCUUCGAAAACCUAGUAGUAGGCGAAUCGCUCCUCAACCAAACCCUCCGCUCUUUCUUUACCCACGACGUGCACGCCGAUAAUGGGUUGGGGAAUCAGUUCAUUGUCAAUUUGUUUCCCGAGGAUAGGAGGGAACCGGCGAGGAAGGCCGCGCAUGGUGCUGUCAAUUAUUUGCAACUCGCGGCCGAUAAGGCGGAUGAGGCGGCGAAGGGGACGUUGGCGGGGGCGAGUUAUGUUGCUGUUUUUGAAAAGCAGCAAGCAUAUACACUGAUCGCGUGGCUGGAUGUACAUUGCGGACAGGCGGCAGAGGCAGUGCAGAAGCUGCGGUGGUUUGACUUUGCAGAAGCGGAAACAGCCCCACUGGACACAGAGGCUUAUACAAAAGUCAUGCUACUGGCGGGACUCACCGUGAAAGCAAUGGCUCUGCACUUAUCCGGUGACGACAACGGCGCACUACAACUUGCGAAACGAGCCAUGACGUUCUAUGUAAAGCAUGAACAAACGAAGGCUCCGGUGCCGAGGAGACCGCGGUAUACGUACCAGCCGGAUGCAGAUCAGUGGCAGCGGUGGUUUGAGAUCUCGCAUCACUUUCACGCGCUGCUGGCUGCCAAAUUGGGACAUCUCGACGACUCGCUCGCAAGUUGUCGGAGAUACAUGCGGCUACUUCUCAACACCCCCGACACCUUCCAACCACUGGCGAAAGUGGCAGUGCUGGGAAUCUACCUCCGAUUACUAGCAAAGGUUCCCAUCAACUCCGGUCCGCCUCUCCUCCUCGCCGGCGUACCCCAACGCCGCGUCCCAUCCACCAUCCCCUCCGAAGUCCGGGCCGAAAUGCGCCAAAUGCUCAUGAUCUACGAACGCCUGCUAACAACCGUCCUCCCCUUCCCCCGCGGCGAGGACGUCAAACCCCUCGAAAUCGAACGCCACCAACGCGUCGAGGAAUGCUACGACUGGCACGUGUUCGUCGAGACCUACACGAUGCACGACGAGUCUCUGGGCGACACGGCAGACAGACACUACCGCCUCAUCGAGAGUCUGUACAGGGGCACCAAACACACCUUCCAAUCCAUGCGCGUGCUGCGGUACAUGUCACACACCUUUACCUCCCUCGUCAACCUCUUCGGCGACAACAUGCCCGCCGACGAGAAAAUCGAGGGCGAAGCCGCGCUCGAAUCAUACGUUUUCUACUGGGAUAAGCAGUACAAAGCCUCCCUGAAACAACACCGCAAGAACCGCGAGGACGGGUCCACGCCCCGGGAAUCACUCGCGGAGCUCUCACCUCUGAUCAAAACACUCAGCGAGAUGAACCACAUGGGCGCCGAACCACCUUCUACGACGCGAGUGACUGCUGUUACGAGGGUGCUGAUGGAUCACCCUGAGGAACCGGGUGUGCGUGUCACCCCACCUACGCCCGUGGAGAACGGGGCUCGCACGCCGACGACAGCGGCGGAGUCCAGCGCUCCAGCGCCUGUGGAAAAUGGAGUGUCUGGCCCUGCGAGGUCGACGACACCGCCACCAUCGACGACCAACGGCAACUUGCUCCAUUCGUCCCGCCUGGAAGAGAACGAGAUGGGGAUCGAGACGAUUGGCGGCGAGCGGUUGGUGGAUGUCCUCGGCGUGUUGUUUGCGGGGGUUCGGAUGUUGUCGCAUAAUGUUGAGGGGCAGGAGGAUAAGGCAUGUUUGGAAGCAGAUUCCUUUCCUUGUUUCUGGGGAGGGGAAUGGAUGUUGCGACGGGCGGUAGGAUACGCCGAACGCGCGGUCCGGUUAGUGGAGAAGCAUGGCCGGUCGUGUGGGCCUGAGUUGCCGGAGUUGAAGCAUCUGGCGUACCGGUAUCUUGGGGUUACGUAUGGGGAGCUUGCUCAAGAAGUACGCGACAUCCAGGAACGCCGGGAUAUUCGCAAACGGGCCCUGACAGCGACCGAAAAGGCUACCGAAUUGAACCCGAAAGCGUGGGAGGGGAUGUACCAGCGCGGAUUGCAGCUUGCAGAAGCUGGUGAGAUUACCCUCGCAAUAACCCACACCCGCACCGCCCUCACCCUCAACCCCACCCACGCGCCCUCCUACAACCUCCUCGCCCUCCUCCUGGCCGCGGACAAGGACUACACGCGCGCCAUCAAAGCGUGCAAUGAGGGCGUGCACGCGUGUUUGGAGCAUGUCGAGAGUCCGGUCAAGGAAUCGGAUGGCGCGCUGUUCUUGAAACCGGACCAGGCGGGGAGGGGACAUGAGGGCCAGGGGCAUGCGGUGAGCAAGGAGGAGUUGAUCAAUCUCAAACUCACGCAAAUCGUAUUGGAAUCACACCGCCACGGGCUCCAGCACGGGCUUAAACUGGUGCGGGAGACCUUGCAUCUCGCGCGACGGCUGUUGGGGUCGGUGGAUACUCUUGAUGUGGAUGUGGAUGUUAGGGUCAGCAAGGAGUAUGAGCAUGCCCCCCAGGGGUCUGUGCCCCCGUCUGCGUCGGCGGUGCCGGGGCAUUUGCAGGUUCCCGCUGUUAAUGGGAAUAUCAAUGGUCUCCAAAGCAUCCGCUCUGGCCGCUCCGGCGCCUCCUCCCGCCGAUCCACCAAAAAAGACAAACUCUCCAAAGCUUCCAAAGCAUCCGCCACCUCCGCCGUCACCACCGCCUCCUCCUUCAUCCUCUCCCCCAACGACAUCUACCGCUUCCGCGUCCACGACCUCUUCAUCUGCAUCUGGCUCACCGCCGCGGGACUCUACCGCGGCCUCGACCGGUUCACCGAGGCACUCGCCGCCGUCCGCGAGGCUGAGAAGUUGGCGGCGACGAUGGCGCAGAUGGAUGUUAUGUUACGACGGUUGCCGUCACGGAUUUAUCAGGCUGAGGGAGUCGGGAUGCGGAGGACGUUGAAGGAGCAUGGACGGUUUAGGAGGAUGUUGAGUGCGAGGAUGCAUCUGGGAAGGAGGAGGGGGAAGGAGGAGCGGGAAGGGGAGGGGGAGGUGGGGAGGGAGAUUGAGAAGUGGGGGGCGGUGGGGGUUAAUGUGAAGAGGGUUGUCGCGGAUGUGGCGUUUGAGUGCGCACUGAUACGGCAGUCCCAAUUCAACCAACUGAAUAGGCCACUACCGCCCCCGCCAUUCCCGCGGUACGUCAGCGCCACCGCGGCCGCCGAAGCCGAGCGGCAGAUGAAGGCGUGGAAACGCACCGUCGAUAAUGGCGGGCUGAGACCGAGUCCGUCGCAGAUGAGUUUGACGACGCUCGAGGAGGAACGCUUGGCGGCUGCCGCUGGAUCGGGCGACAAAGCCGGGUCCACGAGAGCUGCACCGUCUAUACCCAACGGCACCUCGUUACCAUCACCGUCACCAUCGCCCUCAUCUGCACCCACUUCAUCAACACAACCACCACCAGCCAACCCCCCAAUCUUCAUCAACGGCCUUACCCCCACCGCCCACUCCGAACCCUUCGACCACCCCCCACCACCCCCACCCACCCCCGACAGCGACCCGCUAACGCUCGACACCCUCCUCGAAACCUUCUCCCGCGUCGCCGACCUCGACGACGACCACCUCCCCACCCGCGUGCACCUCGGCAUCCUCUACCUGCUCAAAAACGAAGUCGGCAUCGCGGCCCACUACCUCGAGCGGGCCUGUAAAUCCUCCAAGGCGCGCGGCGGCGGCGGCGGGAAGAUGGGGCAGGGCAGCUGGUAUGGCGGGGCCUCUGCGGCGUGGACGUGGAUGGCGUGGAGGAGUUUGAGCAGGUGUCAUGUACGCCGGGAUCGCGCGGAGGUUGCGCGCGAGGCGGUGUGGGAGGCGGUGAGGGAGCAGCGCGUGUGUUUUGUGAGGGGGUUGGAGUGUUUGGCGAGGAUGCCGGAUUUGGAUGCGUGAGGCGGGGAUGGGAUUUGUGAGAUGCCGCUGGUCGGCAAAAGCCCCCUCUGCUACCUGGCGUGGACAUGCCCAAUGCGGCUGUGUAUUCCGUCCGGACAUCCCCACCGGUGACGGCAACACCCCUCCUUAUUUUUUUUACAUAUCCCUCCCCAACACUGUUUUCUGCACAUUCUAUACUGCAUGCCGCAUCGUAUAUAAAGGGUCAAAUCAUACGGGUUCUGAUACAUGUUGGA